AUGGAAGCGGUGACGCCCAGCGACGCUCGAGGAACGUCUUCUGAACAGCCGAGUGCGAGCGGCAUUGGAGCGGAACCCUUUCGCGCGGCUUUCUCAGAACACGAUCUACGCGUGCACAUAGCUGAUCUCCUUGAGGAUCAUGAACAGAAUGUACCCCCGAAAGGUACAGUUAGGCAAGCGAAUGUCGGAAAGAGCACUAGGAGGCCUCCCUGGAGAGAGCUGUCGGUCUCCGUGACCAGCGGGACCCAAGCUCUGCUACACGAGACGGGGAUCCCGUGCGCGCCGCUUUCGGCUCCAGCCUUUCCGGUCGCGAACUUGUGGUCGCCCUCCUUUGAAACGAGUCGACCUCUAAGUCGAUGCGCGUCAGAGGACAUCAGUUCGGUGUGCACCGCACCUGGCGCAUCGACAUUAGACUCGCCUUCACAAGAUAGCAUUCCCCACAGUGCGCCAUCGACAAGUCGAACGACCGAUGCGCUGGCCGUCUCGGGAGCGGAGCUGUUUGCUCUCGAGUGCGAUGAAUCCAGUGGAAAUGUAAUGUCAAGCAUCUCCGAAAGCUCGCCACUGAGUCGCUUUCCGGCAACGCCACGGUCAGCUCCGACCGGAACGUGGCUCGGCAGGAUCGAUUCAGAAGCCGCACGUCUAAUAACAUUGGAUCAGCGUUAUCACUCGGGGACUUCCCUGCAGCCUCGCCGCAAACGAAGGUGCUCGAAUUUGCCACCCGGUGCGCAGCGGGGCCAGUUUGGAAAGCACGUGUGUCCUUUUUCGGGCUGCGGGCGGCGUUUUACCCUGAGUGGGAAUUUGCAGGUUCACAUAAGAACAGUUCACGAGCGAGAAAAGCCAUUCGGCUGCCCGUAUCCGGGCUGUGGUAGAAGAUUCUCUCAGAAAGGAAACGCAAACACGCACUACAGAGCCGUGCAUCUGAGGGAAAUACGCUUCCGUUGCCCGGUUUUGGAUUGCGGCCGUCCUUUCGCACAAAAGGCUAAUCUGCUAUUCCACGCUCAAAGGAUACACGGUUUGGCGGAGCUGGACCUUCUCAUCAUGAGCAUGCACCCUUUUGCAGCCGACGCCGUGCGAACGAGCUCCGGUGCUGCCUCAACAGAAGCGUACACGCCGAAAUCAGACAUAGAUGAAGGCACUCCGCGGGCGGCGUUCCCGAAUCCUGCCGGGGGAUAG